AUGGCGACCGGGCUCAUGAGGCGGUAUGGACUCGCCAAGGUUCCUCCCCCGCAGCUCAUCUACGUGGACCGGGAGUGGGAGCGACUGGUGGUUCGACUGGACAUCUGGCACCUGAUGCGACGCUUUUCAUCAGGUGGACUCACUCAGGCCAAGCAGUCCGAGCUGGAGGGGAAACACGGGAUGGUCGGCCUGACGGACGCGGACGUUAUUCAGAGGGUGUCCAAGGAGGAGUGGCGGCUCCACUGUCGUCGCCGGACACGUGGAGCGGAGGAGACGGCGCUCCUCAUCCAAGACCUUCUGGACACCUUCAACGGCCCGGCAGGACGACAUCUGGAGCACCCAGAGGCGGCACCUCAGCUGCAUCCAGGACUGGCCGGGGUGCAGCUCUACACCGAGACUGGCAGGCUGACUAAAGGCGGGGUCAGCCUCCCAGUUUAUUGCUGCGCGAGAGGCUCCACGUCUCUGGAGUCCUUCCACCUCCACCUCCAGCGGUUCAUCCCAGGGACGUCUACGAGACCCAGAUAUUUCCAGGCGUUCCGGAUCGAUGGACAGGUGAGGUGGAACGAGGACCGCGCAGCAGCUGCUGCACCUCCACCUGCAGCUGAGGAUCAUCUGCCGCCUCUGCACUCCUACAGUGGCCACCUCAAGCACGCCCUUAACCAGAAGAGCCAGAGGGUGCUUGGUCAUCAUCUGGUUAAGGAUUUCACCAAGCCUACUGCGUACACAGGGGAACUCAUUGGGGUGGAGUACCUGUUCCAGCAGACAGGUAGUGUGCUUGAGCGUGUCAGCGGGGACCCUGACGCUCCGGACGAGGCUGCUGCUGUCAUCGCUCUUCAAGAUGAGGAUGAGGGCAUGGAGGAGGAUGAAGACCCCACCAUCUCCGGGCCGGUCCUCCUCUCCUCUGACGCAGCAGCCCGGUCAGGUGACCCAGCUGACACAGACAGGUCUGAGCCAUCCGGUCCGUCCCGGUACCUCGCAGACUCCCUGUUACGGCCCUGGUGUAUCCGGCACUCUUUGCGUAUGGUUUGAUCGGGAAAGCCCAAG